UAGGCCGACUGCACCUCUGGUCCCUCUGGCCUGGCUCCCCUCUCACGAAUGGUAAAAAUGAGGAAGUCAGGGGGCUCCAGAGGAGCGGAAAGGGAGUAGAUACACCCGGGAGGAGGAGAGCCAAAGCUGCCCCAUAUCUACCUCCCACCUCGUGCAAUCUCCCUGAGUUCCCUUCCAAUCCUUCCUCCACUCACUGCCUGAAGACUGGGACACCCCAGAACGCAGCUUACAGCCUGCUGGGCUCAGGUCCCUUAGAGGACUCCUCCCUCACUCCCCCACCACCUCCACUCUCCAGGAUUUCGUGUUUUUCCAAUUUGGGUCACUGCUGCACGAGGAACCCCCAAAUUGCAGGCUUCAGACAUUCCACAGAACCUCCAAGCUUCUCUCCACCCUGGGCUCCUCCUUGGCUCCGUCCGAACCUCAACUCCGAUCCCAGCCUCACCUGCAGGUCCGGCCUCUACCUCUGCCUGGCCCCUGGCCCUGCCUUUCGGCUCCGCUGGCCGCAGUCUCAAUCCAGCAUGUCAACGCAGUAUGAAAAAUUUCAGCACUCGGAGUGCGAGAAGCAGAGCCAGGGGCCUGGAAAUGGGCUGCCUCUGCCUCGGCCCUUCCUGAAGCAGUUGUGCCCUAGCCCUCGGCCUCUGCUGUGCUCCCUGGGCCUCAGCCUCCUCCUGCUCGUCUGCAUCUGUGUGCUCGGAUCACAGAAUUCCAGGUUUCGGAGGGACCUGGCGACCCUGAGAGCAACUUUCAGCAACUUCACUGCAAACACUGAGGCAGAGGUCCAGGCGCUGAGAUCCCAAGGAGGCAAAAUGCAAGAAGUGAUAACAUCUCUGAAAGCCGAGGUGGAAAAUCAGAAGCAGGAGGUGCAGGCAGCCCGUAGCUUGAAUGACAAGGUGUUUUCCCUGGAGAGCAAGCUCGAGAAGGAGCAGCAGGAGCUCAAAGCAGGUCAUUCCAAUACACUCCUUCUGGUGCAGCAGCUGGCCAGAGACCUGAGAUCCCUGACUUGCCAGAUCGUCGCUCUCAAGAGCAACGGCUCUCAAAAUACCUGCUGCCCCCCUAACUGGCUGGAGCACGAGGGCAGCUGCUACUGGUUCUCCGGCUCCUCCGAGAAGACGUGGGCGGACGCGAACCUGUACUGCCAGCAGGAGAGCGCACACCUGGUGGUCGUCAACUCCAGAGCCGAGCAGACUUUUGUGCAGGAGCACAUCAGCUCACAAACGUGGAUGGGCCUCACUGAUGCUGACGGAGCCUGGAAAUGGGUGGACGGAACGGACUAUGAGACCAACUUCAAGAACUGGAAGCCAGACCAGCCGGACAACUGGGAUGGGCACGGGCUGGGCGGGGGCGAGGACUGCGCGCACUUCGAAGUCGAUGACGGCAAGUGGAACGACAACACCUGCCAGAGGGUCUUCCGCUGGGUGUGCGAGACCAGCCUGGGCAGGGCCAGCUAGCGCCGCGGGGUGGGGGGGUGCCUCCUGCAGACCUCCCCGUCGCAGAUGCAGGGAGAGGGAGGGGUCUUCCCUGAGACCCUCACCAGGCGGUGGGGAGAGGACCAAGCCUGUGGAGGUUGGUCCACCACAAUGUUGUGCCACCACAAUGUUCUUCUCCUUGGCAUUCAAAAGACUCUCUAGAGUUCCUCAAGGGUUUGCCUUUUUAACCCGGUGCAUCGAGGUGUCAUGACAUAUAAAAUUGUAAGACAUUUGAGGUGUCCAUCAUUGUGAUUUGGUAAACAUACACCCUGGGAAGGGGUCCCCCAUCCAGUUAAUAACCUCACAUGUUUGUCUCUUGUGCGCAUGUGAACACGUAAGUUCUGCUCCCUUGGUAAAUUCCAGUUAUACGAUAUGUCACCUGUCGUCACCGUAACAUUGUCAGACCUUAUUCAACCAGCAGCCACAAGCUGGCGUCCCUUCACCCGCCUCUCCCGAUCUCCCCACUCCCCGGCCCUACCAACCUACUCUCUCUUUCUAUGAAUUUGACUUAUUUCUUUUUUCCGAUUCACAUAUAAAUCCUACAGUGCAGUA